AUCAAUCAAACAAAAAAAACCCGGAACCGAACUGACUAUAACCGAACUGACCCGAACCGAUUAUAACAUAUAUCCGUAAAAGACCCAAACCGGAACCGAACCAAUUGACCCGAUUGCCAUGUCUAACUGAACAUCCGUGAACUAUAAUAACAACAAUAUAAAUUAUUUCGUGUUAGGUUUACAAUUUCACGAAGAACCCAAGCGGUGGUUCUAUAACACUGAAUAUGAGAAGUGCAGUUAUGGUGAAAAAGUAGAGAUCAUAUUAUAAAAGCCUAAAUAAUGGAAGAGGAGGGAUCUUUGAUGUUUGAAGUUUUACAUUUUGAUAAAAUGUAAAAAAAAGUGUGCAUGAAAUAAAAAAAAACGUGAGUUUUAAAGUUGACCAUGGAAAGUGACAUGAAAAAACAUCCAUACGUGGCAUGGUACAAUAUAUAAAAAGUGUAGUUUCUAAAUUGUAGUGUAUGAAAAAAUAUGUGACAAGUUAACGCAGUGCAUGCAAAUAUUGAUUAAGUUCAAAGGAAUUUGAAGAUUGUAUUUAUUUAAACUUAUUAAAAUUUCUUUUUUAAGUUUAAAGUAAUGAACUCUACUGACUUUAGAAAGAGUGGUUAAAGAAAAUUUAUAACCAAAAAAAUGUUUUAAGAAAAAUUACUUGGUGUAAUAUUUAAAAAAUUUACUGAACACCCAUUUUAAAACAUCAAAAGUAGUUUCAUGAAAUUUGAAAACAUUCAAUGUAUCAGCUUAGUGGGUAUACAUGAGAAGACAAUUUUUUGGACUUAGUAAAUGUUGAUUGUACGAGGCAACUUACGCCACAGAAGAACUCGAAAAAGUCUAAGAAGGACUGUCAUCAGACACCCAUGAAUAAUUUACUAGAAGUGCCAGUAUUAUACAGUUCUGAAAAGUUUAAAGAUAGGUUAUUGGGGAGACAUCGUGUAGUGAGGAACCUUGAUAAUUCUUUUGCUGAGUGUUCGGCAGCUUCGACGUCUAGAAAUCCUGAACGCCCCCAUGUUGCAAAUACAAACUUCGAAGUUGAUGAUCAAGGCCAUAUUGAAACAAGAACAACAUUUAAAGACACUCUGAACGACGUAGCAAUAACGUUUAGCAUGUCAGAUGGUACUGAUCUACCUUAGAUAUUUAUUUU